AUGGUUAACAAGUCCAGGCUGUGCGCGAACAAGGCCGCCGGGAGCGCGUCCGCACGUCUCUGUGCGGACGCCGAAGCAGAAAAUGCAGCAACUGAUGUCUCAUCAAUUGAUGAAGCGACUCAGCCUGUGUCGCCUGGUGAUGCAGGCGCUCGUCAUGAAGACACUCAUGUCUUCGCAGAGUAUGAGCUCGGUGUCUCAUACUCUCCUGAUACAAAAGAUGGAUUCGUAUCGACGGCGAUCGAAUUCAAGCCGCCUGCCAAGCGUGGCAUGAAUGAUGCUUUGCGUCGCAGCAUCUUUGGUUCAUCUGACGAAUCAGAUGAACCAUCGCCAAAGCGAAGGCGCUCGAGGUCGCGAGACUCGGGCGCUAAUAGUGGUGUCGGUUCUCCUAUGGACACCACUUCACAGCGAGGUGCCAGUACUUCUGUCGGCACGUCGCAGGAAGAGCGGGACCGCAAUGUGUUGCGUCUCGCUCCUGAGAAGAAGGCAUGGAUGCCUCCCAAAAUCCGUCAUGGAUCACUUGUCGGCGACGACAACUGA